GUUUCUUUCCAGAGUAUAUAAAAAUGGCAGACCACUAUGUGCCAGUGUCCGGCGGGGCCAACAACAAUAACUACGCCAAUGUGGAGCUGAUAGUGGACAUUGCUAAGAGAAUCCCAGUACAGGCUGUGUGGGCUGGAUGGGGACAUGCUUCAGAGAAUCCCAAACUCCCAGAGUUGCUGCAGAAAUGCGGGAUAGCCUUCCUAGGACCCCCCAGCAAGGCUAUGUGGGCAUUAGGAGACAAAGUAGCUUCUUCCAUAGUGGCCCAGAGUGCUGACAUUCCUACCCUGCCAUGGACUGGAUCUGGUCUCACUGUGGAGUGGACAGAGGAGGACCAGAGACUAGGCAAUGUGAUCAGUGUCCCCACAGAGGUGUACGCACAGGGCUGCGUCGGAGAUGUCGACCAAGGACUGGCGGAGGCAGAGAAAAUUGGCUACCCUGUGAUGAUAAAAGCUUCCGAAGGCGGUGGAGGAAAAGGAAUUAGAAGAGUGGACAGUUCGGAAGACUUUGCUGGCUUCUUCCGACAGGUGCAGGCAGAGGUGCCUGGCUCUCCCAUCUUCGUGAUGCAGCUUGCUGAGCACGCGCGGCACUUGGAGGUCCAGAUCCUAGCUGACCAGUACGGGAAUGCCAUCUCUCUCUUCGGACGUGACUGCUCCAUCCAGCGCCGGCAUCAGAAAAUCAUUGAGGAGGCCCCAGCAACCAUAGCAGCUUCCCCAGUGUUUGAGUACAUGGAGAGGUGUGCAGUUCGCCUGGCUAAGAUGGUGGGCUAUGUGAGCGCUGGCACCGUGGAGUACCUCUACGCCGAAGAUGGAAACUUCCACUUCCUGGAGCUGAACCCCCGCCUGCAGGUGGAGCACCCCUGUACUGAGAUGAUAGCGGACGUGAACUUACCUGCAGCCCAACUCCAGAUCGCAAUGGGAAUCCCCCUCCACAGGAUUAAGGAUAUCCGGGUUCUAUAUGGAGAGAAACCCUGGGGGGACUCUCCCAUCAACUUCCAGACCCCAGCCAACGCUCCCAGUCCACGGGGCCAUGUCAUCGCAGCCCGCAUCACCAGCGAGAACCCUGACGAGGGCUUCAAGCCCAGCUCGGGGACAGUGCAGGAGCUGAAUUUCCGCAGCAGUAAGAAUGUCUGGGGCUACUUCAGUGUUGGGGCCGCUGGAGGGCUCCACGAGUUUGCCGAUUCUCAGUUCGGCCACUGCUUCUCCUGGGGAGAGAAUCGAGAAGAAGCCAUUUCGAACAUGGUGGUAGCCAUGAAGGAGCUGUCAAUCCGUGGGGACUUCCGAACGACAGUGGAGUACCUGAUCAAACUCCUGGAGACAGAGAGCUUCCAGAACAAUGACACUGACACCGGCUGGCUCGACCAUCUCAUCGCAGAGAAAGUGCAGGCUGAAAGGCCAGACACCAUGCUGGGGGUGGUGUGUGGAGCACUGCAUGUGGCGGACGCCGGCUUCAGAAAGAGCAUGUCCGAUUUCCUGCAUUCACUCGAGAGAGGCCAGGUCCUGCCUGCUUACAGUCUGCUGAACAUUGUAGAUGUGGAGCUGAUCUAUGAUGGGGUGAAGUACUCCCUGCAGGUAGCUCGGCAGGCCCUGACCACGUACGUGAUCAUCAUGAAUGGCUCCCACGUUGAGAUCGAUGUCCACAGGCUGAGCGAUGGAGGGCUCCUGCUCUCUUAUGACGGCUGCAGCUACACCACGUACAUGAAGGAAGAAGUGGACAGAUAUCGCAUCACUAUUGGCAAUAAGACCAGUGUCUUUGAGAAGGAAAAGGACCCCACAGUGCUCAGGUCUCCCUCUGCUGGUAAACUCCUGCAGUACAUGGUGCAGGAUGGGGGCCAUCUGUUUGCUGGGAACUGCUAUGCUGAGAUUGAGGUGAUGAAAAUGGUGAUGGCCCUGACAGUGCAGGAGUCUGGCUGCGUGCACUACGUGAAGAGGCCCGGCGCGGUGCUGGAUUCAGGGUGCAUUGUCGCUAAGCUGGAGCUGGACGACUCCACCAGUCUGCACCCAGUACAGCUUUACACGGGGACUCUGCCACCCCAGCAGACUCUGACCACCAUCGGGGAGAAGCUGCAUCAGGUGUUCCACAACGUCCUGGAGAAACUAAUCAAGGUCAUGGACGGUUUCUGCUUGCCGGAUCCCUACUUCAGCAACAAGCUGAAGGAGUGGGUGCAGACACUGAUGAAGACGCUCCGAGACCCCUCCCUCCCCCUGCUGGAGCUCCAGGAGAUCAUGACCAGCGUCUCUGGACGAAUCCCGGCAUCUGUGGAGAAGGCAAUCCGGAAAGUGAUGGCCCAGUACGCCAGCAACAUCACCUCUGUGCUCUGCCAGUUCCCCAGCCAGCUGAUAGCGAAUAUACUGGACAGCCACGCUGCCACCCUGCAGAAAAAGGCUGAUCGAGAGGUCUUCUUUAUGAACACACAGAGUAUUGUGCAGCUGGUGCAGAGGUACCGCAGUGGCAUCCGUGGCUACAUGAAAUCUGUGCUGUUGGAUCUGUUGCGCAGGUACCUGCAGGUGGAAACACAGUUUGAGCAAGCUCACUUUGAUAAAUGUGUGAGAAAUCUGAGAGAGCAGUACAAGCCAGACAUGACCCCGGUGCUCGAGUGCAUCUUUUCUCACUCCCAAGUCGCGAAGAAGAAUGUUUUGGUCACAAUGCUUAUUGACCAGAUUUGCAGUAGGGACCCGACUCUGGCUGACGAGCUGAUGGUGAUUUUGGAUGAGCUCACUCAGCUCAGCAAGACCGAGAACUCCAAAGUGGCCCUGAGAGCUAGACAGGCUUUGAUUGCAUGCCACCUGCCCUCCUAUGAGCUGAGACACAACCAGGUGGAGUCCAUCUUCCUCUCUGCCAUCGAUAUGUACGGACACCAGUUCUGCCCCGAAAACCUCAAGAAACUGAUCCUGUCCGAGACCUCUAUUUUUGACGUUCUGCCCAAUUUCUUCUACCACAAUAACCAGGUGGUGUGCAUGGCAGCUCUGGAGGUGUAUGUGAGAAGAGCUUACAUUGCCUAUGAGCUCAACAGCCUCCAGCACCACCAGCUGCAAGGAGGCACCUGUGUGGUGGACUUCCAGUUCAUGCUGCCCUCCUCCCAUCCCAAUAGAGGAAGCAGCCCUACUCUGAACAGGAUGGCAGUCCCGGUCAGUGCUGGCAGUGCUGGUCACUUUGAGAUGAGCCGCCAAGGCAGUGAGCUCUACAUGGAAGGCAGCCUCUCGCCCCCGUGCCAGAGGAUGGGAGCCAUGGUCGCCUUUCAGAGCUUUGAAGAGUUUGUGCGGAGCUUUGACGAGGUGAUCUCUUGUUUUGCUGAGCCCCUGAUGGAUAGCCCAAUGUUCAGUGAGGCACGAUCUACUUUCUAUGAUGGGGAGGACUGUAAGAGUGUAAGGGAAGACCCAAUUCACAUCAUCAAUAUUGCUAUCAAGUCAUCUGCUGAACAGGAUGACGAUGCGCUAGUGAAGGCUUUCAGCACUUACUCUCAGUCGAAGAAAUCCAUUCUCUUUGAGUAUGGAAUCCGAAGGAUCACAUUUUUGGUUGCACAGAAGAGAGAGUUUCCAAAGUUUUUCACCUUUCGAGCAAGAGACCAGUUCCAGGAGGACCGUAUUUACCGGAACCUGGAGCCGGCACUCGCCUUCCAGCUGGAGCUGAACCGCAUGCGCAACUUCGACCUGACGUCCAUGCCCUGCUCCAACCACAAGAUGUACCGGUACCUGGGGGCCGCGCGCGUGGAGGAGGGCACAGAGAUCACAGACUACCGCUUCUUCAUACGGGCUAUCAUCCGCCACUCUGACCUCAUCACCAAGGAGGCCUCGUUCGAGUACCUGCAGAACGAGGGUGAGCGGCUGCUGCUGGAGGCCAUGGAUGAGCUGGAGGUGGCCUUCAAUAACACCACGGUCCGCACUGACUGCAACCACAUCUUCCUCAACUUCGUUCCCACCGUCAUCAUGGACCCCUCUAAGAUCGAGGAGUCGGUGCGCUCCAUGGUGAUGCGCUACGGCAGUCGGCUCUGGAAGCUGCGGGUCCUUCAGGCCGAGCUCAAGAUCAACAUCCGCCUGACCCCCACCGGCAAGGCCAUCCCCAUCCGCCUCUUCCUCACCAACGAGUCGGGCUACUACCUGGACAUCAGCCUGUACAAGGAGGUGACCGACCUGAGCACCGGGCAGAUCAUGUUCCAGUCUUAUGGAGAUAAGCAGGGCCCCCUGCACGGCAUGCUCAUCAACACCCCCUAUGUGACCAAGGACCUGCUGCAGUCCAAGAGGUUCCAGGCACAGUCUCUGGGGACGACCUAUGUCUACGACUUCCCGGAAAUGUUCCGACAGGCUCUGUUUAAGCUGUGGGGCUCUGGAGAGGAUUACCCAGACAUGCUGAUGUGCACAGAGCUGGUUUUGGACCCCCAGGGCCAGCUGGUGCAGAUGAACAGACUGCCUGGAGGAAAUGAGGUGGGGAUGGUUGCAUUCCGGAUGAAGAUGAAAACUCCAGAGUACCCCGAGGGCCGCGACAUCAUCGUGAUCUGCAAUGACAUCACCUUCAAGAUCGGCUCGUUCGGGCCGCAGGAGGACCUGCUGUUCCUGCGUGCCUCGGAGUUGUCGAGAGCAGAGGGCAUCCCUCGCAUCUACAUUUCCGCCAACAGUGGGGCGCGCAUCGGGCUGGCAGAGGAGAUCAGACAUAUGUUCCAGGUGGCCUGGGUCGACCCUGCUGACCCCUACAAGGGUUUUAAAUACCUCUACCUGACUCCCCAAGACUACACAAGAAUCAGUGCUAUGAACUCUGUGCACUGCGAGCAUGUGGAGGAAGGAGGGGAAUCCAGAUACAUUAUAACAGACAUCAUCGGGAAGGAAGAUGGGCUAGGAGUGGAGAAUCUAAGGGGCUCUGGCACCAUCGCAGGGGAGUCUUCACUGGCAUACAAUGAGAUCGUCACUAUCAGCAUGGUGACGUGCCGUGCGAUUGGGAUCGGAGCAUACCUGGUCAGACUUGGCCAGCGCGUCAUACAGGUGGAGAACUCGCACAUCAUUCUCACUGGAGCCAGCGCCCUCAACAAGGUCCUCGGCCGAGAAGUGUACACUUCCAAUAACCAGCUGGGUGGGGUGCAGAUCAUGCACAACAAUGGAGUCUCGCACACCACCGUCCCCGAUGACUUUGAUGGAGUCUUCACCAUUUUACAGUGGCUGUCCUACAUGCCAAAGAACAAGCACAGUCCUGUCCCUGUGAUAACACCCGAAGACCCUGUGGACAGAGAGAUUGAAUUCAUCCCCACCAAGGCCCCCUAUGACCCUCGCUGGUUACUUGCCGGAAGACCUCAUCCCACUGUGAAGGGUGCUUGGCAGAGUGGCUUCUUUGACCACGGGUCCUUCAUGGAGGUGAUGAGUUCCUGGGCUCAGACUGUAGUGGUGGGCCGAGCCAGGUUGGGGGGAAUUCCUGUGGGGGUGAUUGCUGUGGAGACUCGCACUGUAGAGGUGGCGAUCCCCGCCGAUCCAGCCAACCUGGACUCUGAGGCCAGGCUCGUGCAGCAGGCUGGGCAAGUGUGGUUCCCAGACUCUGCGUUUAAAACAGCCCAAGCCAUCCGGGACUUCAACCGCGAGCGCCUCCCUCUCAUGAUGUUUGCAAACUGGAGGGGCUUCUCUGGAGGGAUGAAAGACAUGUACGAUCAGAUUUUGAAAUUCGGCGCCUACAUCGUUGAUGGCCUGAGAGAGUUCCGCCAGCCUGUGCUGGUCUACAUCCCACCACACGCAGAGCUAAGAGGGGGGUCUUGGGUAGUGAUCGACCCCACCAUCAACCCCCUCUACAUGGAGCUGUAUGCUGACAAGGAGAGCAGGGGUGGCGUGCUGGAGGCGGAGGGCACAGUGGAGAUUAAGUUUAGGAAGAAAGAUCUGGUGAAGACCAUGAGGAGGAUCGACCCAAUCUACUCGCAGCUCGCUGAGCAGCUAGGCACCCCAGAGCUGUCUGACACAGAGCGCAGGGAGCUGGAGAGCAAGCAGAAAGCUCGGGAGGAGUUCCUACUCCCCAUCUACCACCAGGUGGCAGUGCAGUUCGCGGACUUACAUGACACACCGGGACGCAUGCAAGAGAAGGGAGCCAUCACAGAUAUCCUGGAGUGGAAGAACGUGCGUGUUUUCUUCUACUGGCGUCUGCGCCGCCUCCUGCUGGAGGAGGUGGUGAAGCGCGAGAUCCUGCAGGCCGAUGGGGAGCUGAGUGACGGGCACAUCCAGUCCAUGCUGAGGCGCUGGUUUGUGGAGACGGAGGGGGCUGUCCAGGCCUACCAGUGGGACAGCAACAAGGUGGUGGUGGAGUGGCUGGAGAAACACCUAAAGGAGGAAGACGGGACUCGCUCUACCAUCAGGGAGAACAUCAAGUACCUGAAAAGGGACUACGCCCUCAAGCACAUCCGCAGGUCAGGGCCUCGCAGAAUCACUCCUUUCAACCCUCUGCCUGAUCAGGGAUGCAGAUAA